GAGAAGCCGUCGUCUUUUCCGACCAUCAGCCUGCGGCCCCCCCCUGCGAUUCGACACAUCGGAAAGCACGUGGAGGUCACACGUUCUACUAUAUAGCUGCUGUCACAUCUCCGCCAUGACUGAGAAAUCGCAUGCCUCCGUCGAACAGCUGGCGGAGCAGCUAGCUGAAGGCUUUGCGGCUUUGAGUGGAGAAUAUCAAUUAUUGUUUGACCAGCAUAGGCUGUUGGAGAGCAAAUUAUCUUGGGCAAAACAGCAGUAUCUCGGCCUACUUAACCGGCUGUCGCCGAACACCCUAUCCCAAGAUCAUCUCGCCUUCCUCCAAGAUCUCGAUCGCGUGUCUGCAGAUGCCAGCCCACGGCCAGACCCUAUCAAGCAGCUUGGUCAGAUUGAGGACGCAGGCAGGAGGAAUCGGGCAUCGCUGAUCCGCAAAGCUGAAUCCGCCUCGGUAACUCUUCGAAACCACACUAGAAGUAACGGUGUUAAGAUCUGGAGUGGACCAUUAGCGGAUAAGGACAUGUCGCACUUGGAAAAAGAUUUCACUACACCCGGAACACCGAGCAAGCUCGGGUGUCCAUUUUCAACCGGGAGUGGGAGGCAAAGUCCUCUCGCGACCCCUAGAAGUUCCGGCUCAAGAAUGAGUUUGCGAGGUAGGAGAUCUAAGAGGCCAUCGUUCAACGACCCCAUACGUGCUGAAAUAUGCGGAAACGAUCCGAUCUCAGCGUCAGCGUCGGUUGAAGGCUCUGCCGCAGUCUGCCCGAUCCGUUUCCUAGAUCAGCAUGCACCAGAAGAUGUAGCCAAGUACUUUGAAAACCACAAGCAUGAGAUACCGCGGAGCCAUGAAGUGUGCAUUAAACGAUUCCAGAGUAAUGCCGAGAGUAUCCAGCAACUCGACCGCAAGUAUGGAAACCUUGUUAGUAUGAUACAAGGUCUGGGCAUGAAGCAUCAGCCGUGGCUGCCGAAAGAGCCCGACGACAUCAUAGAAGAACCUCAGGAGCAGGCAGAGGGAGAAGCGGAUGAUAAAGUUGAGAAAUGGGCUACUGCCGUCGAUGCGAGUUUGCGGGGCUGUACGCCUGACCAAGAAACAGAGUCUUCAGAUCCAGGCUUGAACGAGACAAGAACUGCUCAUUUUGACCGUCCCCUCAAAGAAAUAAGGGUCGGCGAGUCUCCUAGCCGUCCAUGGGGAAUUGCUAUUCCUGCCAAGUAUAACAACGCCGAAAGCUCGUCCUCCAUCGGAUCUCCGCCCACCGCCUCACCUGGUCAUCCUAUUACGACAGACCACCCCACCGGAGAGACACCUCGAAAGGCUGACAAAUGCCCCUUUGAUCACAAUGCGAUGGCAAAGCCUGCCGAGCAAACCGAACCGCACGACUCUGGCCGACCCGCCCUUCAACCAGAAGGGGUCACUCCAUCACAACCCCCACCGCCACCAGCUCCCGCUCCACCCCAGGCGGAGAGGAUGAACGAUGAACCGGAUACUCCAAGAAUCAUCCCUCAGAUGAUCUUCAACGGGCCUGUGUUCCUUGGCUACCCUCCCGAUCAACUCAUGAGCUUACUGCAGAAAAGCAAUCUUGGGGCAGCAAUGCGGUGAAAUCCGGCCUAAAUUAGAAGAAAACGCGUCUAGACAGAUCAGACCCUGGUGGGGUAAUUUUAGAUUUACACGAAAGGUGGUAUGCCAACCGCUUACUCGGAGCUUUCUUUUGGGUCUCGUUUGUGCUUGAAUAUGUCGUAAUUCUUGUUGCAUGCUUCCCUUGCCAGUCCCCUCCCAAGUAAUGCAGUACCCGCCUUCCAUUGUCCCUUUCCCCAGGCUAUUGGCGCCUCCUUCGGAACACUAACAGGGAUCCAUUGGUUUGUUGAGUCUAUUGGUGGAAAUAGGAAGAUUGCCUUGAUGCAGAUUUCUAUCCUAAACCAGAUCCCUUGUGAGUGCCAACACGCAGUCCAGGCGCCAAGACCCAACAUCUCCACACCUUGUCUGGAACUCACAUCGAUAAUCUUUUCGUGCACCUGGUUCUUCUGUUACUUUGAGUUUGAAGAUCUACGAGCGUGGCAUGCUGAAAUUAUUUUGAUU